AUGGCUACCGGUUUGAUGAUGAUCAGCUCAAUUAUCUUCAUCAUUUUUGCUUCCUUGUGGACUUACCAUGAUGCUGCAAGUGACACACUCAAACCAGGGGACACUCUCAAUUCCUCAAGUUCCUUAGUAUCUGCAUCGGGAAAGUUCAGUUUGUAUUUCUAUGUAUAUAUUGAUGGUUCCAACAACAACAGCUAUCUAGCUAUCCUGAACAAAGAAGCUCCAAACAAUGUAUGGAUUGGCAACCGAGACACACCUAUUGUAUACCCUUCAUCUGCAGUUCUGACCUUGGACUGGAAUAAUACAUUGAAACUGACUCACCAAGGUGGAGACCCUAUUGUCAUUUCCUCUGCUCCACAAACUAGCAAUAUUAGUACUAGUGUUGUGGCUACCCUUUUGGAUUCUGGCAAUUUUAUACUGCAAGAAGUGAACUCUACGGAUGGAUCGACAAAGCAGGUUUGGUGGCAAAGUUUUGACUAUCCAUUUGGCACAUUUUUACCUGGCAUGAAGUUAGGUAUUAAUCAUAAGAGUGGCCAUCUUUGGUCGAUGUCAUCAUGGGCUACUUACAACAACCCAAUGCCAGGGCCAUUCACUCUUGAUUGGGAUCCCAAUGGACACCAAUUGCAAAUCAGGCGACAGGGGGUGCUUUAUUGGACUAGUGGAGUCUUUACAAGCAGUAGUAAAACGUUUGAAUUUAUUUCGGCUGAGGAGUCCAAGCUGAGGUAUAAUUUUAGUGUAGUUUCAAAUGAGAAUGAAGACUACUUCACUUACACUGCUGUAGAUCAUGAUCAAAGUGAUCAGAAACCACAAUGGGUGCUAACCUUUAUGGGGAGCUUUCAUGACGGAUCCUUUAAUUUCGCACAAGCAGAGGACUGUGAUGGCUAUAACACAGUUGGAGGGUGUGUGAGAGGAUCGGCCAAGUGA